GACCGUCAGAGACCCUAUAGCCACAUUUCCUCCAGUACCAUCCCACAAGACUGUUUGGUCAAAUCUCCUCAUUGAAAACUCGCGUCAGAACUUCAAUACAAGUAUCAUCAGACGACGACCUGUUGGGCCGUGGCCUGAAGGCUACUACCACGCCUCAGGCAGUCUGAGAGAUGACCGCCAAGUCCUAGACAGAUUUCCCUGGCCUGCUAUCACCUAUUGAGCACGUACCUCAUGGGUGGUACUGGUCUACAUUGGCCUUGAACAUGUGGAAUCUGGACAAGCUCAUUGACAAUCUCGAAUGGAAUGUGGACUCCACACUCCUCGCGUCAAUGGCUUGGAUCUUGAAGGAUCUGGAGGAGCACACAUAUAUCGUGCCCAUUGGCUUGCAGGUGACUGAGACUGAUCACAUGUUCCCUUCCUUAACCAACCGCCAUAUCCAAGCAACCUGCCGCCGUCGCCGCUUCCUCAUUUCCGCUAUCAAUAAAGACGAGAAUCAUUGGAUCCUGGUCAUAGACGACCAGAAGUACGGAACGUCAUAUUGGUUUGAUUCACUUGGUGGUACCCAGCAACAAGACAAUACAGCCAGGACCAUCCUAAGGAAGUUGUAUGAGCCUUGGUUGGCUAGAUGUGGACUUGCUGUCCCUGAUCAAGGACAAUUCCAGCGGGAGAUUGUCACGAGCAUCCGUCAAUCAGAUACCCAUCACUGUGGGUAUUGGGUGUUGGAAAACUUGCGUCUGUUCUUUUGCCUGGACUGGUCUCGAGCCAGACCACCUGUCGUUGUCGGAUGGAGCAGUCAUUUCGAGCACUUCAACCUCGAGAGAGCUCGAGAUGCAGAGAGGUAUUUCAUGAGACAAUUGCAACUGAUAGCCCGACGCGUACUGCGUCGAUCUGACCACCAUCCGACGCUGCGUAUGGAGCAUCUGAGUGACUAUCCUCAUGAGGAUAGUCCUGAUCAGGACAUCACCGAUCACUCUCUCUCCUAUAAGCGAAGCCUAAGCAGCAAAAUGGAGGAUAUGAGCCUGACAGUUGUGUUUGAUCAUAGCGGCUCCCCGGAGCGCAACCUCUCGCCAUCACACACCGCCGACUUCCAAGGACGGGGCCCCAAGGCCAGGGAAAUGGCGAAGGACAAGGACAAGAGCAAGUCCGGCGAGUCUUGCACUGAACUGGAGGAACGGUAUAGGAGGAACGAGUUGUCCAGAGCGGAAGUACUCGAGGCAGAGAGGGAAUGGGGACGAAAGUUCCGGAAGACAUUCAUGGAGCCCCCAAUGUAG